AUGAUGGUUAAUGAGAGUGUGGCAGAUGAUUUCAUACUGGUAGGGUUCUCUGACCAGCCUCAACUUGAGAAGAUCCUCUUUGUGGUUGUAUUAAUUUCCUACCUCCUGACACUGGUAGGCAACACAGUUAUCAUCUCGGUUUCAUGCCUGGAUCCCAUGCUCCACACACCCAUGUAUUAUUUUCUGACCAAUCUCUCCUUUGUUGACCUCUGCUUUACCACUAGCAUUGUUCCUCAACUGCUGUGGAACCUCCAUGGUCCAGCCAAGACAAUUACCCCUAUAGGGUGUGCCAUUCAACUCUAUGUAUCCCUGGCACUGGGAUCCACUGAGUGUGUUCUCCUGGCAGUCAUGGCAUUUGAUCGUUAUGCUGCUGUUUGCCGACCACUCCAUUAUUCCACAGUCAUGCACCCACAACUGUGCCAGUCUCUUGCAGGACUUGCAUGGCUGAGUGGAGUGGGAAACACCCUGAUUCAGGGCACAGUCACACUUCGACUACCUCGCUGUGGGAAUCGCAGGAUUUACCACUUCAUCUGUGAAGUACCUGCCAUGAUCAAGUUGGCCUGUGUAGACAUUCAUGCCAAUGAGGUUCAACUCUUCAUGGCAUCCUUAAUACUACUACUCCUCCCUCUGGGACUCAUCCUGAUCUCAUAUGGGUUCAUUGCCCAAGCAGUAAUGAGGAUCAGAUCAGCUCAAGCCUGGCGUAAAGCCCUUGGAACUUGUGGGUCCCACCUGCUGGUUGUAUCUCUCUUCUAUGGGACCAUCACAGCUGUCUAUAUCCAACCCAACAGCUCCUAUGCCCACAGUCAAGGAAAGUUCAUAACCCUCCUGUAUACUGUAGUAACUCCCACCCUCAACCCUCUCAUUUACACUCUGAGAAACAAAGAUGUAAAGGGGGCUUUGAAAAGGCUGAUACGGAAAGAUCAGAGCAAAGCAGAGUGA